AAGCAUGUCCUAACGCAUAGUCCACAAUCAGAGAAACAAUCAAACAAACCACUCUUCCAUGUUCUUGGCGGACCUCCGUUAUUGACGGGGGAAGCCAUUGCUUGCAUUUGUGCGAGUACACAAUUUGCACACACUUCACCUACUGACAAAGAU